CAAGAAGUGAUGCAUCGAACAAGACGUCAAGCAGUGAUGCUAGAUAAGACAAAUGUUAUAUUUGCCAAAGCUAACACUUUGUGUCACAAAGUAUCACAAACACCUGCUUCAAAUAAAAAUGACAGUUUUCAAAAAAUGAAUUUGAGACAAAAUGUUAGGAAGGAAAAUUCUUUUGAGAAAAAAAUUAAUAAAAUUAAAUGUAUUACGAGUAAUGAUGAUAAAGAAAAUACGAAAAUUCCUCUCAGUACCAAUUUUCUGAAGCAUGCAAAGAAGAGGAAGCUACAAAAUUCAAAUAAAGUUGCAAAUAACAAAAUUGAUUCUUAUUUUCAGAAGAAAUCGAAAGAUGAAAAUGACAUUAAUAUGCCUCAAAAAUCCAUUCCUGUUUGGAAACGAUUGGCAGAUGAUAACAACGUACCGGCUAAUAAACAAAUGAAAAAAAUACAUGAGAGGGAUAUUUAUGAUAUUUUGCAAGAUGAACAACUUAUGACAGAGAAGGCAGUUAAAAAGAAAAAGGUUACAAGAAUACCAUCCAAAAUACCUUUAAAAAGUAAAACAAGUAAAGCCUGGGUUAGGAAAGAGAAAUUAUCACAUGCUUCUAAGCGAAAAUGCCUUUCCUCAGUAGAUAACAAAAUAAUUAAUAUUCAAUCAAAUUCUGAAAAUAAGCAUACUGUUAGAUCAAGUGAUGCUAGACAACGUGAGUGCCAAGUACAACUUAAUAAAGAAUAUACCGAGACUGAUCAUUCUAAAGAGGAUAAAUCUGAGAAAGAACCAAAGAAUUUUGAAAUAGUUUGUAACCAAUUAGAACAGGAAAUAGAAGAUGUUACAAUUUUGAAGUCAGCCCCCCAAAAUGCCAGAAAUGUAGCUAAUGAGCAAUGUUAUUCUAGUUUUGAAAAAUCUAUAUUACCUCAGAUGACUUCCACUCCGGAUUCUAAAGACCAGCAUUGUAAUAAUGUGCAACCUAAUACAAAAUUAUCAGAAAUGUCUUCUGUAAUGUGCCCAAAAUCACCAUGUAUGAAUGGGAAACUUUUACACACACCUGAAUCACUACCUCAUUUAACUGUAUCGAAUACUGAAAUAAAUGACAUAACUGAAGAUGAAAUUGUUCUUUUUCAAUCUCCAGCUAAAGAAGAACACAAGUUAAAAAAUGAAAAAGAACUACGCAAAACAGGAGUAGUAAUAAAUUUGUUUCCAGAGGACCCUUGUUUAUCACCAGUGAAGGAUAACCUGGAAGAAUCUGUCCGGAAACCGAAAAAAGCAUAUGAUACACCAAAGCAAUUUGGAAAACAUAUUAUCAAAACAAAAAAGUCAGGUCAGCAGAAGAAAAAAACUACUGCACAGUUAAGAGAAGAGAAGUUGAUCCAAGAAAUGAAUAAGCAUUUUACUGAAGUUGAAUCUUUUGAAAUCUGUGUUGAAUGAUGUAUUUCAAGUACAUUAUAUAUUAUUUGACUCCAAAUAUUUGUAUAAAGAAAUAUGCUGCUUUAUUUAUUCUGGAAAAGUGAUAAUCUAAUAAUAUGUAAUUUUCAUUCUAUAUUAUUGAAUAUAGCAUAUUAAUAAUUCUGUGUUAGUCUUGUAGUACGUAAUUAUCCUUAUGUUUCUUUUAAUUUUCUUUACCCCCUUUUUUGUUAAAUUUUGUGUGCUCUGAAAAUUAUCCGAGUAUCCUGAAUACAGAAGAAAGUGUAUAUGCAUAUAGAUAAUUUUUAUGAAUACUAUCAAUAUUAAUUUAAACAUGUUCUAAAAUUUACAUUUUAGAUAUUUUCAUUUAAAAUUUGUUUUCAGUGGACUGUGUGUUAAUCUUUCACCGUGUUCAUUUUUUUUUUAAAUUUUGCCAGCAAAAUUAAUUUUUUUGCUUCUAUUACUUUUGCUAUUCAUUUUCAUAUGAUUGUGAAUCAUAUAAUAUUUUGAUUUGCUUAAUUCUUUUGGAAAAAAUUGUUAGUUUUUUACAUAUUUCAUAUAUAUAUAUUGAUAGCACUUAUUUUUAAAUAUGGAGUUUUAAAAUUUGGAAACAAAAAAAAAAAAAAGUACUAUAAAAAUGGCAGCUACCAAAUAAUGUUGUACAUAAAUAAGAAAAUGCUUUUAAUAUAUUUCAAUACUGUUAAUGUCUACCACAUUAUAGCAUUAUAUCUAUUGUUAAAUGCAUUUUUACUUCAUGUCAAAAAAAUUUCAAGUAUUUUGUUAUUUCUCUAUUGAAAUGCAUGUAUAAAUUCAGCAUGAACUCAUUUUCAGAAAAUGUGUUUUAUUUAAAAUACUUGAGCUAUAAGAACUGUUUUAUACAAAUUAUUCUUUAUGUUUUUGUUUACAAUUCAUUACUUUAAGUCUAUAUUGCUGCAAGCUGUCUAACAAGAAUGCUGGACAGUUUUAAGUAUAAACAAUGAAUGAAUAUGUGUAUUAAUUAUUUAUUUGAUAUGAUAAAGUUUCAAUAAUUUAUUUUUUCAUCAUUUCAUCUACAGCUGAGACUUAACAAUUUAAAACUAAAUUUCUCCCCCCUCCCAAUAGCUGCCAGCUCUCCCAGUGUCACCAGGAGACCCUUGUUUUUCAUCAAAUCUCCUGGCAGUUUACCGAAUCUCUUUGUUUUUUAUUUUUAGCCUAUGGAAAUAUUUCCCAGCAAUAAAUGAAAUUUUCUGAAUUUUUUUAAACUUAAAUUGUGCAAAUUCCUUUCUCUCACCUCUCAUGAUUUUCUGAUUAUUUUUUUAUUAUUGUUUAUUUCAUAUCAAUUGUAUUUUUUAUUUUAUUUUAUUCUGUCAUAUUAAAUUAAAUUUGAUUUGAGUUGUCUUAAUAUACUGUACACAUUUGUAGAAAUGUAUAUGAUGAUUCAGUGUUUAAUCAGUUUGUAUUUGUAUUUAAUUUUGUUUACUUCAAUAUAUAAUAUAUUACUAAGUUUAUCCAAACAAAUACUGUGUACAUUUAUUUGCAUCUUAUUUAAAAGUACUUUGAUUAAAAAUAAAAGCUUUCCUUCGCA